AUGGAGUGUAUAAGCCUUCCGGAGGAAUUGGUAGAGCAGAUACUCUUUAGGGUUCCGAUUGAAUCUGUAGCACGAUGGAGAUCAACAUCGAAGCAAUGGAACGCUCUAUUGAAAUCUAAGAGAUUUCUUAAGACACACGCUUCUUAUGCACCAAACCUGUUGCCCAAGGCCACCACCCGUUCCGUCCUCAUGCGUAAAACAUAUGUUGUAUUGGACAUGUCGAGUUACUCAAACCCUGGAAAGUUUCAUCCUUGUUCGAUUAACGAGCAAAUCGAAGCAGUUAUUAUGGGGAAUUGUCCGUCUGGGUUUACGCUCCUGAGAACACUUGGUCUCCUGAAGUGCGUACCACAUUUUUGGAAGCCGGAAUGGAAGCCUACGAAUACAAAGGGAAUAAAAGGACCAGACUUCACAUGUUAA